CUUAUUCCCCGAACACGACCUCCAAUAUAAUACUUCAACUGUCCACCUAAGCUUUAUCUAACUCUCCUUCUUCUCGUCGGUCUAUCCACCUACAUACACCCUCAUAGAUCUCCCCGAGUUCACCACGCCGGCGGAAGCCGCAACAAUUGCCCAGCAUGACGACUUUCCUCGAGAACGCCUACAGCUUGGUCCACCAGGACAAUACCGCAGAUGUCCCAUCCAUGUCGGAUCUGCGCAUGCAGCUGGAGAAGGGCACAGAUGAGACAAAGGUCGAUACUAUGAAGCGCGUCUUAACUGUCAUGUUGAACGGCGAUCCCAUGCCUCAGCUCCUUAUGCACAUCAUUCGAUUCGUUAUGCCUUCGAAAUAUAAGCCUUUGAAGAAGCUAUUAUACUUCUACUACGAGAUCUGCCCCAAGCUCGACUCCACCGGUAAACUAAAGCAGGAGAUGAUUCUUGUCUGCAAUGGCAUUAGAAAUGAUCUUCAACAUCCGAACGAGUACAUCAGGGGAAAUACGCUGCGAUUCCUUUGCAAGCUACGAGAACCAGAGCUGAUCGAGCCCCUACUAUCAUCGGCUCGUGCUUGUCUCGAGCAUCGCCACGCCUACGUCCGAAAGAAUGCCGUCUUCGCCAUCUCUUCCAUCUUCUUACAUUCGCCGUCCCUCAUUCCAGAUGCUUCCGAGCUGAUCGCCGCCUUCCUCGAGGGAGAAAGCGAUGCCACUUGCAAGCGCAACGCGUUUGCUGCUCUGGCUAGCAUUGACCACGAGAAGGCUUUAGUGUACUUAAGCUCCGUCUUCGAGGGGAUUCCAAACGCCGAGGAAUUACUACAGUUGGUCGAGCUCGAGUUCAUCCGAAAAGAUGCAGUUCAGAAUUCCCAGCACAAGGCCCGUUAUUUGAGACUCAUUUUCGAUCUACUUGAAGCCGGAGCUUCAACUGUCGUUUACGAAGCUGCUUCGUCCUUAACAGCGUUGACCAGCAACCCCGUUGCGGUAAAGGCGGCCGCGGCAAAGUUUAUCGAGCUUAGCAUUAAAGAGGCCGACAACAAUGUGAAACUUAUCGUUCUCGACCGAGUAGACCAACUGCGACAGAAGAAUGAGGGUGUGCUAGACGAUCUAGUGAUGGAGAUCCUACGUGCGCUAUCUAGUCCCGAUAUCGAUGUCCGACGAAAGGCCCUUUCUAUCGCGCUAGAGAUGGUGUCGAGCAAGAAUGUCGAAGAGGUUAUCUUACUGCUUAAGAAAGAGCUGUCUAAAACUGUCGAUCAGGAAUACGAGAAGAACGCCGAAUACCGACAACUCCUCAUUCACUCCAUUCACCAGUGUGCUAUCAAAUUCUCGGAAGUAGCAGCUAGCGUAGUUGAUUUACUCAUGGACUUCAUCGCCGACUUCAGCAAUACUUCCGCUGUCGACGUCAUCAGCUUCGUCAAGGAAGUAGUCGAGAAGUUCCCUAAGCUACGGCCCUCUAUCGUCUCGCGAUUGGUCGACACUCUCAGCGAGGUCAGAGCAGGCAAAGUCUACCGUGGAAUCAUCUGGAUCAUUGGCGAGUAUUCUCUGGAAGAAUCCGAUAUUCGAGAUGCGUGGAAGAGGAUACGUGCGAGUCUAGGAGAGAUACCUAUCCUCGCCUCCGAACAGCGACUAUUAGACAACGUCGACGGCGAUGAGGAGAAAGAAAAGGAGCAGGUCAAUGGUCACUCGAAGUCGACGGCGCCGUCAGGCUCAAGGAGGGUCCUGGCUGACGGUACGUACGCCACCGAGACAGCCCUUACCAGCGGCUCGGCUGCCGCCGCCAAACUAGAGGCUGUCAAAGCUGCUCAGAAGCCUCCACUACGACAGCUCAUUCUCGAGGGCGACUACUACUUGGCCGCCGUUCUUUCGGCGACUCUUACCAAGUUGGUCAUGCGUCAUUCCGAGAUCUCUUCGGACAAGGCCCGAACGAAUGCUCUAAAGGCCGAAGCUAUGUUGAUCAUGAUUUCCAUCAUACGUGUUGGUCAGUCGCAAUUCGUCAAGGCCCCCAUCGACGAGGAUUCUGUCGACAGGAUAAUGUCCUGUGUUCGGUCGUUGGCGGAGUUCUCCGACAGGAAGGAAUUGGAAACGGUAUUCCUCGACGAUACGCGGAAGGCUUUCCGUGCUAUGGUGCAGGUUGAAGAGAAGAAGCGGGCGGCAAAGGUUGCCUUCGAAAAGGCCAAGACCGCCGUCCAAGUCGAUGAUGUUGUUCAGAUUCGACAGCUAUCCAAGAAGAACGUGGCGGACGGUGCCGACGAGAUCGAGCUUGACCUCGAGAAAGCAACUGGUGGAGAGUCCGUAUCAGAGGACCUUUCGUCGAAAUUAAGCCGUGUCGUUCAGCUUACUGGUUUCUCCGACCCCGUAUACGCCGAGGCGUAUGUUAAAGUACAUCAGUUCGACAUCGUCCUGGAUGUUCUUUUGGUCAACCAAACCACCGAGACUCUCCAGAACUUGUCAGUCGAGUUCGCUACCCUCGGCGACCUCAAGGUUGUCGAACGACCUACUACGCAGAACCUUGGCCCGCACGACUUCCACAACGUGCAAUGUACGAUUAAGGUUUCAUCUACAGAUACCGGAGUUAUAUUUGGCAACGUAGUAUACGACGGAGCUCACAGCACAGACACCAACGUCGUUAUUCUUAACGAUCUACAUGUCGAUAUCAUGGACUAUAUCCAGCCGGCAACAUGUACAGAAACGCAGUUCCGCACCAUGUGGACGGAAUUCGAGUGGGAGAACAAGGUCAACAUCAACAGCAAGGCCAAGAGCCUCCGCGAAUUCCUGGAACAAUUGAUGGCCUGCACGAAUAUGAACUGCUUGACACCAGAAGCCAGCAUGAAGGGCGACUGUCAAUUCCUGAGCGCCAAUCUAUACGCCAAGAGUGUCUUUGGCGAGGAUGCUCUAGCAAAUCUGAGUAUCGAAAAGGAAGGCGAGGAUGGGCCAAUCACAGGUUUCGUCCGCAUAAGAAGCAGGUCACAAGGACUGGCGCUGAGUCUGGGAUCCCUUAAGGGUUUGAACAAGAUUGGUACAGCGGCUGCUUGAUGGGAGGGGAAUAUCUAGGAGUAUAUAAUUUUCAGCGCAGUCCAAUUCCCGUCU